AUGCAAACAAGGGUCUACAUUGUGCACAUGUCAUCCUCAAUUGCCUCUACUCUCUUCACGAAGGCCAAGGAGUUAGGAAUGAUGAGUGAAAUGUAUGCAUGGAUUUUAACAGAUGGGAUUGCGAAUAUCGUUAACUCACUCAACCCUCCAAUUCUUGAUUCAAUGAAUGGUGCACUGGGUGUCAAAUUUUAUGUGCCUAAAUCAAAGAAACUUGAUGACUUCACUGCAAGAUGGGACAAGAGAUUCAAACAGGACAACCCAAAUGAUCCGUCAGCUCAGUUAGGCACCUUUGGACUCUGGGGUUAUGAUACUAUUUGGGCAUUGGCACAAGCAACAGAAAAGGUUAACAUGGACGAUGCCAUAUUUCAGAAGCAGCAGGACAAGAAGCCCUCAACAUGUCUUGGAACUCUGGGUGUCUCUACUAUUGGUCCGAAACUCAUAGAUGCAAUCUUACAUAAUCAGUUCAGAGGCCUAAGUGACGACUUUGACCUUAAAAACAGGCAGCUGCAACCUCCCACAUUCCAGAUAAUUAAUGUCGUUGGAAGAAGAAAAAUAUAUGUUGUGCCUAAAGGAUGGCAGAUUCCUACUAAUGGAAAGAAGCUCCGAGUAGGUGUAACAACAAGUGGAUAUCCUGAAUUUAUGAAGGUAGAAAGGGAUCCCAUCACCAAUGCAACAACUGCUACCGGAUAUGCCAUUGAUGUAUUUGAAGAGGUGCUGAAGGGACUACCAUAUGCAAUACCUUAUGAAUAUGUAGCAUUUGAUAAUGAAGGUUCGAGCUAUAAUGAUUUUGUCUACCAAGUUCAUCUUGGGGUAUAUGAUGCGGCAAUCGGAGAUAUAACCAUCAGGUACAAUAGAACUUCCCAUGUUGACUUUACCCUACCUUACACCGAGUCUGGAGUAGCAAUGAUUGUGCCAGUGAAGGAUGGCACAAAUAAGAACGCAUGGGUUUUCUUAAAGCCAUUAACUACUGAUUUGUGGCUUGGAAGCAUCGCAUUCUUCAUUUACACAGGGAUUGUCAUCUGUUAUACAGCCAAUCUAUCAUCAGUUCUCACUGUGCAACAGCUUCAACCUACAGUAACUGAUGUUCAUGAACUCAUUAGAAAAGGUGAAUAUGUAGGGUAUCAUAAUGGUUCUUAUGUGGGGGGUCUAUUAGAAGAACUUGGCUUUGACAGAAGAAAGAUCAGGGCAUACAAAACUUCAGAAGAUUUUGCUGAUGCACUCUCUAAAGGGAGCAAAAAUGGUGGUAUUGCUGCUGUCAUACGUGAAGUUCCAUACAUCAAGAUAUUUCUUGCAAAGCAUUGCAAAGGUUACACAAUGGUAUUCCCCAAGAGAUCCCCUAUGGUCAAUGACUUCUCCAGGAGGAUCCUCAGCAUAACAGAAGGAGAUGCCAUCAUUCAGAUAGAAAAGAAAUGGAUCGGAGAUCAACAUAUCUGUCAAAAUGAUGGUGCCAUCGCCAGCCCCAGCAGUCUAAAUUUCAGAAGCUUUUCUGGACUCUUUCUGGUCACAGGUGUUGCUUCAACUUCUGCCCUUUUUAUAGCCCUGGUGAUGUUCCUCUACAAGAAUAAACACAAGAUAAGGAACAGUAUAAGUCGAGUCCAGACUCAGGGAAGAUAUGGAUCAGCGCAUGCAAACAGACAGAAUGAAGAAAGAGAACUAGAUUGCAACCAGGCCCAGAGCAUGCAGGUGACAGUGCCAAAUGAUCUAGAAGAUGAUGCAUGCCAACAAGAGAUAGAAAUAUCCAUAGAAAUCACUAGUCCUGGUUCUGGAUUCCCAUCGAGUCCGGGCUUUGCAUCUUGCGAAACACCAAGCAGCAGUGUUUGUGCAAUGACAAGUCAGCCUAAUCCAGAAUUUUCACACCUCCAUUCUCUAGAAUUUACCAUUUGA